AUGCCUGCCCCUAUCAUCGAAAACGUCGCCGAGCCCGUCGUGGCCGUGCGCGAUCUGGAGGCCGACGAGGAGUACGUGAUGCUUGCCUUUGAGCGCCACGCCGACCAUUGCGCCCAGUGCGUGGACCCGCUGCGGGUCCACGAGGAGAACGGUUCCCUCUGCGAUCGCGGCCACCAGUAUGCGCUGAACGUCGCCGAGUACCUGUACAGCAAGAACGGCAAGGCCUACUCGGUCGUCGACCGCGAGGUCAACCAGCCCACCCUCGUCAAGAUCCCUCGCAACUGCCUGGCCGUUCGCGGUCUGCUGCUGGCCAUGGAAGACGGCCUGCGCCUGCACCGCCAGGAGCAGGAGUUGCCCGCCGCCCGGGUCCAGCCACCCGUCAUCAGCUACGACGCGACGUACCCCAUCCCACCCCGUCGCACGGCGACCCAGCCUGCGCCGGUGGUCCACCACGAGGUGAUUGAGCGGGAACCUCGCACGCUCAAGCGUCGCCGGAUCAUUGUCUACCCUUCUCGUGAAUCGCCCCGUGACUCUCCCAGCCGGGGCUCUCUCUACGAAGCCGACGCGGCCGACCGCGUCGAGCGACAGAAGGAGUCCUCGCGCAUCUACCGACCCGCCGAAUACCACCGUUGA